UACCACAGGUCGUGGCCAAAGAGCACACGCUUACGCCUGCCUUGCUUCUGCUUUGCCAGGGCUGCACCUUGGAAUUGCUCUCUGCUCUCCCAGGCUGUGGCUGCUUCUCCUGCUUCCGCCUGCGCGGGACAGGGUCCAUUUUCCCCACAAUCCCAGCUUUGCAAUGCACGGACGGGGGAGAGGUCAAGCAGCCAAAACUCUGUUUCUGGCCUCUCCACCAAAGGCCCCUCGGGACGAAGGAAGGACACAAGAGAAGUCUGGCACUGGGGGAGCUCUUCUGCCACAGAAGACCAACAAAAGCCACGCUCCUGGGAGUGAGGGCAAGGCCCACGAUGGGCCCAGCACCACCACUGCCCACUCUGUCCCAUCUUUGGGCAGGACCGUGUUCUCCUCCUGGUUUCCUGAGCCCAACAAACCACCAGCCAAGAGUAAGUACAAACCGCAGAACAUCCCCUGGCCUCCUAGAGCUCCUCCUUUACAAAGGCACAAAUCUGCUCUUUCUGCGGCAAGGGAAAUCCCGGCUCUGCAGGAGGGGGGUCGUGUUGGCGGCCUCUCUCCUCUCCUCUCCUCUCCUCUCCCUAAGGAGAGGCUAAAGGCUCUGCAAAGUUGCCCCUUGGAAUUGCUCUCUGCUCCCCUACUCUGUGCCUGCUGCUUUCAUGGCAGGGGGUUGGGCUUCACUUGUGGGUUUGUUGCGUUCUCUCUUGCAGAAAUUGCACCCAUCAUGGCCAAGGCUGUCAAAGAUUUCAAAAACAGGUUCUCUCGGUAACAACUUUGCCGGCCAGGCCUGGCACUUUCCCUCUCGCGGACAAGUGGCACCCAAGGAGGAGAAGGUCCCCAAACAGCCCUUUUCUUCGGACUCUGGGGAGGCUGCAGCUUUGUCAUCUGCCAAAAGAAAGCUGUACGGAAUCUCCCGGCACAAAAGCCUGGCAAGUCUUGGCACCGGUGGAGAGUGGCAGAUCCAGAGACCAGUUACUGCUUAACCUCUUAAUACGUUAUUAAACGGUUUUCAUUACUAUUUUGCCCCUUGUCAUUUUUGCCCUCAUCAAGGUACGGUCCCCCCUAACAGCAAUGCUGGGGGCAAUACCCACACCCGAGUAUGCCGCUCUCGGGCUCAUGAAGGGCCAGUUGAGCAGCGCCCAAGAUUGGCUUGGGGACUCAGCUUUGCCCCGGUCAGCGCGCACAGACAGCUCCGCCGGCUCGGCCUUUGGCAGCCACGCAACCAGCAGCAGAGCUGCUCCAGAGCUGCCACCAACAACAGCCUCCACUACCGCCACCUUCUCCCAGACAGCCAAGGCCUGGGGCAGACAACAUGCCUUGCGGCAGGACAAUCUCUCCCCUUUACCACCCGCACGCACCCCGCAGCGCUAACAGAGAGCACGGCUCCCUCCGCACAUGGCCUGGCUCUGCCCACACCCGUCCUCUGCUGGCACCACCUCUGCCUGAGCUCCCUUUCAAGGCAGACGUGACCCACAGGACCAAACGCU